AUGUCAAUGCUGUUCUGGAACAUGGACGACUACCCAAUCCCUGCUGCUGGUGGUGGUGUCGAAGAUGGUCUUGGUUUUAUUCGUAAUAAUAUCGUAGAAGUUGGUCAUCGAAUGGGCUUUCAUGGAUUUAUGGAAAUCUGGGUGUAUUGUUCAAGAACUGGUGUUAACAACCCGUCUCCUCUGGAUAUGACUUGUUAUUUGGUUCAUCACGCAUUAUCUGUUUAUGGACCAUAUGGUCCACCCGAUUUAGUGGUAAUAGCAAAACCAGUAAAGGAGUUAGAUAGGGUACUCGAGUGUUUGCGUUUGAGGGGUCACCCUAUUCUCCUAAUUGAUCCGACUGCUAUCACAGGAGGAGGAUCUUUCUUUAGUGUUGAAUCUCUACUUGGUUGUACACAAUUUCUGACGGCUGACCAAUAUCUCAAAGAUCUCUCCUCUUCUCAUCUUGAAAACGAUACCUCCAAGAUUUUAGAUUUCUUCGAGCCUAUAAGACCCGUCAAAGAGAAUAGGACAGGCGUCUUCUGGGACGCUGAAGAUUUCUCAUUUCCUCCUUUUUCCACUCCUGAUGAGAUCUUUGCCAGAAUCGAGUCUGCUCUUGUGGAAAGAGGUUUAAUCUAUAAGCUUACAAUCUGGGUCUAUCUUGAUGAUGACAAGAAAGGGACUUGUGGUGGUGGUAAAAAAGAGUGGGCUUCCAGAAUUUACUUUCUUCCCGGAGGGGAUAAAGCCUCGAGACGUAUUAGAAUGGCAAAUGACAUUUAUUUUUGGGCAAAGGACGACAGCGAAAAUAUUAGUUUUGAAGGUAUUUCGAUUCUCUUCUCAGAUCAAUUCAAAGAUGACGCCGAGUACUCCGAGUCCUCCGAUAUGCUUCAGAAUCUCGUCGCGUGCGGAACUUGCCGUAUUCUCUCAGUAUCUCCCAUGGACAUCAUCAACAAACCAGAAGAAAGUCCUGAAUGGCCAGGAUUGCUAAUAGAUAUAGGACGAGAGUGGGUUAGUGGCGCUUGGCUCUUAUAG